CAAUAUUUCGUUAGGCGUGUUUUAAGCGCACGAGCGAGCGUUAUCUGUGUUUUCGUGGUGGUUCGUCUCUGGGGACAGAUAAGAGAAAAGAAAGCAGAAGACGUAUCCGAGAUGUUUGCCAAAGCCACAAAGAGCCUCGUGUCUGAGAUAGACCCUGAUGGUUGUCUGAUUCCCGUGUCUCGAUUGAAUGAGUCGGACAAUCUGGUUCCUCUUGCUCUUGUCAUCAAACGCAACCGGUACUGGUUCUGGCAGAAACCCAAGUACCUGCCAACAGACUUUAAACUAUCUGAUGUUCUCGUCGGAGAUCCUAUACAUCCAGCUGUGGUUGAGACAGAGUUCAUGAGCUUUGAUGGAAAAGUUGUGGACAGCAAAGGUGGAAGUGUUGGAGCAGACAUCGGGGCAGGGAGCAUUAACGUAGGGGGGAAAGGCUCGAGCAAACUCGAGUCAUCAUUUGGAAACCUUAAAAAACAGGAGGUGGAUGUGCAGAAGCUGUUACAGGAGUCCAGAUCUAGAGUUGUGGAUCUGCAGCACUCUCUGGUCCAGCAGAUACGAAAGACACAGAAAGAGAUCCUGACAGUAGUGAAGGAACGAAUCAUCACCACUCAACCCUGCACUGUCCUUGAAGAACAGCAGACUGGUGGUUCCUGUACUGGAAUGUUUGGAUUCAGUCAAAAGAUAAAGGUGUCAGUAAAUGACAAAGGGAAGUCUGUUAUUGACUAUGACACUAAUAUGUCGCUCAACAUCCCUCGAAAUACCAUCAUCUCUUACAGUGUGAUCGAGCUGGAGAUUUCUAAUACUGGACACUAUGAGCUGUGCUUGCUGCCAAGUGUCCAGGGUGGUUUUGAGGUCGAUGGGCCAAUAAAGGUACAGAAAGCAGUCCAGGUCUGUGCUUCACCGGGAAAACCCAGCAGCAAACUGCAGAAAGACUUGGAAGAACUACAGGGUCAGUUUAAGGUUCUCUCUAAACUCCCUGCCUGCACUCGAUCUUCUCUCUUCCAGCAGAUCUCUGUGCUCCUGCAGAAUAAAGCAGCCAUCAGCGUGCUGGAGAACGCAAUGUUGUCUGUCUCUCAGCUAGAGGACAUUUGUGAUGAGACACAGCCGGAUCCCAGUCAGUUAGAUGAAGUGUCUGCUGUGCGGACCACACUGGAACUGGUAAAGAAAGCUGUUGCUAAAGACAGCACCCAAACAAACACCUCUGGACAGCCCCAAAAACCCAACGCUCUCACUGCCACCCACCUGCUCGUCAGCUCUUUAGAAGAGAUGAAUGACUCCACCCUACUUGUGCUUAAAUCCUGCUGUACUUAUGCAACCCUGCAAGUUCUUCUUCGUAUUGUGCAAAAUAUGGCUUUAAAUAAGAAGACUUCUUUGAAGGAGGAUGUCCUGGCUGUUUUAGCUGAUGAAAAGGUUUUCGAGAAAAUCAAGGAACUGUUUAGUUCCUGUAAAGUGACCCUGCGAAAGGAAAAAGAUUCACUUAUAACUGAAAUCAGUAACCCGCAGGAUCGCCUCCCCCUUAUGCUGUGCAUCGCUGCCAAAGGGUUGGCAUCUAUAGCGCCCCCUGCCUGAUUGGAGUACAACAGCAGAGCAAAAGAGUGAAAGCUAUGAGGUUACGUGGACCAAGGGCUUUAGCAAUAAAAAGAUGAAAAGUUAUUUAUUUUCUACCCUCAGGAACAAUUGUUAAGGAUUCUCUAUGUGGCAUUUUAUCUGUUUUCUGAAUGACUAUACUAGAUAUUUUUUUUAAUUUUUUUAUAUAUUUUAAAUAAUUGCUUUGAAAACAAAACCAUAUUAAUAGUAAAUUUUAGGGCUUGGAUAUCUCAUACUUUUAAACAACACAAAAUAAAUGUUUUUUACACAUCG